AUGUUUGAAACCGUAAAUAAUAAAGAAGAGAUUAUUAAAGUUUCAAUCAAUUUAAUUUGGAAAGCAUCAGAUGGAAAAGUUGUUUCUGUUAGUUUCAAUGAUCAAUUACGAUCAGCAACAAUUGUCUUUGAUAAUGGCACUAAUACUACCGUAAAUUUGAACGCUCCGGGAGUAAUUCUUAUGAAUGAAGAAACCUUUAGAAAGACAAUAACCGAGUUUGCUAGAAAAGAACCUGAAGAACCUGUUUUAAUUGAAGGAAUUCAAGAUCAUGAUGAAUCCUCACAAGUAGAAGAACAAGAUAAAUUAAUGCAUAAUGUUCAAACCAAUGCAAAUAAUACAUUUAAUUCAGAUUACGAAAUUACUGGUGAAACUGUUGUAAAAGCUGCUCAACCGAUAAAUAAAAUUUUUAAAACAAACAAUCGUACACAAGCCGAUGAUAUUGAAUCUAUUCAAGAUAAUGAUCAUGAAGAAGACUUUGAUGUAAGUGAUGACGAUUCACCAGAAUGGUCAGAAUGUGAAAAGUGCUAUGGAAAUGAAAAGAAAUUAUGUGAAUAUUGUGGUUGUUCUGUAUGUAAACGGAAAGGUGACAGAGGUCACAUCCUCUUGUGUGAUGGUCCUUGUGGCAAAAAUUUUCAUACUAGAUGUUUAAACCCUCCACUCGCAAGAAUUCCUCCUGGAAAAUGGUACUGUAAGAAGUAUGAAA